CUCCGACAAUCAAUCACAUGUGCAGAUUCAACUAACCCACCAACCCACCAAGCCAAAUAGCAAAAAAAGCAUUUUGAGCAAAAGAGCAAACAGGACAAAGUGGUGUACCCACAGUCAUCACCACCAAUUGUUGAGCGCAUCAUGGCUAAUGAACCUCACUUGCAUACACCUUCAACAACUCAAAGUAGAGCUUCCUCAGUCGUGAAUUUAGGUACAUAUGGUAAUGGUAAUGUUAAUGACCAUGGUAAUGGAAUUGGCAACAGAAGUGGAGGUUUUAGCGGUUAUCAGUCACGUAAGUGAUCAAAGUCUCAGUUUUUCAAUUUGAUACUGACUCAAUAACAGACACGCGUGAAUUGACCGUCAAGGACAUUGCAGACAUAGAUGAUCCAAUAGAAUUGUUAGAAAAACUUACAAACACAAAAUGGGACUCUCGCAAUUUGGAUACCCCUACCACACGCACAAAUGCACAGUUCGCAAGCCUUUUAAACGCUGCCGAGACAGCUGGAGGGGUAGAUGCCAGGCGAUCAGGUACCCCAUCGAGUAACAAUGGUAACAGACAGAGUACUCGAGGCUCGCCAGCAAGGACAUCUUCAAAGCGUGGUAGGGAUGAAUCAGAAGAUCGAGCAGAGGAAGGAGAGGAAAUGUUUGGUUUCAUAAAUGCCAAAGCUAAACCAAGAAAAGUGCGCAAACUCACAGCGGAAGAAGAGGAAGAAGCUGCGAGAGAACGAGAAAUAUGGGGGUCGGAACCUUCUGAUGUCGAAGAAGAUGAUGAAGAAGCCGAGGACGAGGGUGAAAAUUCGCAAGCCAAGUCCUCGACAAUUCCUGAUCUCAAUCCAAGAGCGCAUGGCGUUCAUUCAGCUGCUGCACUUUUCCGAAAAACAUCUGCAUCUGGCAGAAAAUACACCAGUAAGUCUUUCGAGUAUAUUUAUACAAAAAGGUGCCUAAUCAGACCGUAGGACCAGCGAUGGCAAAGGUUUUCACAAAAUUGGAGUUAGCACCUGAAGACUUCAUUACGCUCCAGGCUGCAGCCAAGGACUACAUGCUAGAUCCGAAACAUCCAGAUCGAAGCGCCUGUAUUGGCACUAAAGAAAAAAGAGAUAAUGACCUGACCAAGCUGAAGCUCUAUGCUUGCGUCAGGAACUUCUUGGCCGAUGAGGGAGAGGGAUGGGGGGAGAGACUUUUUGGUAGAAACUCCCCAAGUGGUGCUACAAGAAGAUGGAUUUGGCCUGACAUGCCAAACAAGUGAGUUUUGUGAUUUGUAACUCUAAUACUAUCUUUGCUAAUAAUUAUCUCCAGGAUUAUCUCCAGAAUUACUCCUUUAUUGCGUCGCAUGGUUACCAAUGAGAGACAGCGAUUAUAUGCCCUCAACCUUAGAAAUCAAAAAAGGAAAGAAGAAGAGCUAUUUCAGUUACGCGCCACAUCCUUCAGAAACAGUCAAGCAUCUCAAUCCCCAUUAAUUGAUCCCCAACUCACCUUACCCGAUCAAAAUAUAGUCAAUAAACCUAUUGCAGGCAAUUCAGCCGCUAAUAUUGUAGCUGAGACGCAAACUGCCAAAGCACCAGAAGUUAGUGCUAAGCAGCCGGCACCACUUGAGUACCAUAUUAACAUUAUCCACAACGGCAAACGUAUCAGAGACGUGUUUACCUUGAACCCUACAAAUUGUGUAGGCUUCGUAAGCUUUACUGCACAUGUUGACGCAGCGAUCAAGGCACCCUACAAGAAGACAGCUAUGAAGGUUUUAGGUCCUAAUGGCUUAGUCGAGAUCAAAUCAGAGGCAACAUAUGCCAUGGCUCUAUUGUCAGUGAGAAAGACAGAAUGGAUGGAUGGAGACGUCAAGAUCAUCGUUGAGACGACAAAGACUGAGUGAUUUAAACAAAUCUAGAGGUGCAUAGGCGUAAAAAGGGGCAGCGUGCUAACUGGAAGGAAUUGUUUAUGAAGUGGUUUUAUUUUCACAUGUAUACUCUUUACUUGUUUUCAUUUUCUAAAGAAGUGAAGGAAUUUUCCUCCUCCGCUUUCUUUUGAUGGUCUGCCAUUUAUUGGUGUGAACCUCUGUGUGCAUACUGUAAUAAUAAUACGUAUCUAUGUAUGCUAAAGUUUGUAGCUCUCAUACAGCUUACAACACAACACAACACUGCAAGAUCUUCCAAAUCGCACAAAAUAUUAUAGGUCAC